CCAGAUGUUGGCUUGUGGUUUAGUGUCGAUUUCAUAGUGCCAAUCAAAGGACCCUUAACCAGUUAACGCCCUCUUUGCAGCCUGAGCCCUCCCACUCGGGCUUGCUGUCGGCCAGAGGCGGUGUGGGUUCUGGCUUGAAAUCCCAAUAUUCAGUGUGGAGGUCCAGUCACAGCCGCGCAGCUAGCUAGGCAACAGCUGUCCUCCUUGAGCUAGCCUUUAAACCCCUCCACACUGUUCUUAGCCGCUUAGUUUAUUUAAGCCAAAUGCAAUAACUGUAUUAUUAUUAUUAUUAUUAUUAUUAUUAUUAUUAUUAUUAUUAUUAUUAUUAUUAUUAUUUAAAUAAAAACGAUGGGGGACAAAGCGGCAGUUUUCCUUCUAAAGCUGUCCUGGACUUUCUGCCUGGUGACUGCGAUUGAAAGGCGAGACCUCUUCCCUUACGGACCACACAGCGGAGAUUCAGCUCUUCCAGAAGGGGAUGACGAGACGUCCGAAGUGCUGACAUUGAAGAGACCUCUGUAUUUCUACGAGACAAAGUUCAGCGAGCUCUACGUGGGCACCAACGGGAUCAUCUCGCCGCAGGAUUUCCCUCGGGAGACGCAGUACGUGGAUGACGGUUUCCCAACAGAUUUCCCGGUCAUCGCCCCCUUCCUGUCCGAUUUGGACACGAGCAACGGGAAGGGAACUAUCUACUACCGGGAGGACGACUCCACGGAGGUGCUGAUCCGGGCGGCAGAGGAAGUAAAGAGAGGCUUCCCCGAGAGCACCUUCAGCCCCACGGCCGCCUUCAUAGCGACCUGGGACAGCGUGGGGGCCUACCAGGAGGUGACGCGGAACUCGGUGCCUUCCAACAGGGUGAACACGUUCCAGGUGGUGCUGGCCUAUGACGACACAGACACCUACGCCCUGUUCCUGUACCCGCGCAAUGAGCUGCAGUUCUACAGCACGCGCCCCAAGGAGUCGUACAACGUGCAACUGGAGCUGCCGGCGCGCGUGGGGUUCAGCCGGGGAGAGCUGAGCUUCCUGUUCCUGAGGAAAGAGGGGCCCUUCUACAGCGUGACGAGCAGCGAGCAGACAGUCAAGAACCUGCACCAGGUUGGGAACACCGGAGUGCCUGGGCUGUGGCUCUACCACAUCGGGAGCAGCUUCCCCCUGGAUAACGUGGUUGCUGCGGAGGCCUGGGGUGCUCAGUCCGGUGGGGACUCUGUGGUGACUCUGGACAGUACCCUGAACAACUCGGGGCAGCCCAGCCAGCCCGAGCCUGACUACCCUGAACAGGACUACUCUGAGGAGAUCUACGAGGAUGAGGACGGGCAGGAGGAGGGGGAGGCGGAGGAGGAGGAGGAGCAUCCCACGGCUGCCUGGCCGGACCUGACUUCAUACCCAGAGCCCCCAGGGUCCAGUAACCACUACCCCUCCAGUGAAGACCCUUCGGAACAGCUCCCAGACCCCUUCCCUGUGGCCACCCAGUCCCCCUCUGACACUGACACUACACAGCUGCCUGAAUACCACCCUAAACACAAGCCCUCUUACCUAGAGCCCUCUUACCCCCAGGCUUCCUACCCUGAGCCCUCUUACCCCGAGCCCUCUUACCCCCAGGCUUCCUACCCUGAGCCCUCUUACCCAGAGCCCUCUUACCCCCAGGCUUCCUAUCCUGAGCCCUCUUACCCCGAGGCUUCUUACCCCGAGCCCUCUUACCCCCAGGCUUCCUACCCUGAGCCCUCUUACCCAGAGCCCUCUUACCCUGAGCCCUCUUACCCAGAGCCCUCUUACCCUGAGCCCUCUUACCCAGAGCCCUCAUACCCCCAGUCCCGGGAUGCAGAUGUGCAGGCAGUGCACCCAGAGGGGGGUGUCAUCCCCUUGCCAGAGAGCAGCCCCCCGCACACACAGGGCAGGAGCGUGGUCAGCGUGGAUGAAAAUGUGGACGUGGAUGCUGGAGUGUUCGUGUACAACACAGAAAGCAGGGAGACCUGCGCUCAGUUUGAGGGGCAGUGCUCGCGACACGCCUACUGUUCCGAUUACUCCUCGGGAUUCUGCUGCCAUUGCCACUCGGGUUACUAUGGAAACGGGAGACACUGCCUGCCUGAUGGAGUGCCCCAUCGCGUGAAUGGGAAGGUGAGCGGGCGUGUCUUGGUGGGUGCCACGCCCGUGGACCUUGGCAGCGCGGACCUUCAUGCCUACGUGGUGGUGAGUGACGGGAGAGCUUACACGGCCAUCAGCCACGUUCCUGAGCCUGCCGGCUGGGCACUGAUGCCCCUCUCCCCCAUUGGAGGCCUCUUUGGCUGGCUCUUCGCCCUAGAGUUGACCGGCCACGAGAACGGAUUCAGCGUCACGGGUGCUGAGUUUGCCCGCUAUGCCGAUGUCACGUUCUACCCCGGGAACGAGAGGCUCAGUAUCAUCCAGACAGCCCAGGGCCUGGACUCUCAGAACUACCUGACUGUGAGCACUGAGAUUCAGGGGCAGGUGCCCUUCAUGCCCCCAGGCGCCACUGUGCAGAUGGAGCCCUACAAGGAGCUGUAUCAGUACCUGCCCUCAGUGGUGAAGUCGUCCUCACUCAGAGAGUACACCGUGCUGUCUGUGGAAAGUGGCUCCCAGACUUUCUCCUACCAGCUGAGCCAGAACGUGACGUACCGAGACUGCCGCCACGGCCACAGGAGCCUGCCGGACACCCAGCAGCUGAGCGUGGAGCGCGUCUUCAUGCUGUACAGCAAGGAAGAGCAGGUGCUGAGAUACGCACUCACCAACCAAAUUGGCCCUGUCAGAGAGGACCCCAAGCCUGUGGUUGUGAGCCCCUGUUACGAGGGCACCCACGAGUGCGACAUGACUGCCCAGUGCAUCCCGGGUGAGGGAACACAGUACCAGUGCCAGUGUGCCACUGGGUACAGAGGAGACGGCCGCACCUGCUAUGAUACGGACGAGUGUGCGGAGGGCCUGAGCAGCUGUGGGAGUCACUCCCUGUGUGUGAAUCUGCAGGGCAGUCACCGCUGUGAGUGCCAGAGCGGGUACCACUUCACUGGGGAUGGGCGAACCUGCACUGACAUCGACGAGUGCGCCAAUCCCAGGUGUGACCCCCACGCCACCUGCUACAACACGCCAGGCUCCUUCCACUGCCGCUGUGUUCCAGGCUACAAGGGGGAUGGGUUCCAGUGCGUGGCGAGUCCCGAGCCCACGCAGCCCCCCAGGACGGCCUGCGAGCAGCACAAACACAGCCUGCAGAGGGAGCUGAGCCCCCGGGGGCCCCGCCCUGCCGUGGGGGCUUACGUGCCGCAGUGUGAUGAGGAGGGCCACUACCAGCCGCUGCAGUGCCACAGCUCCACAGGACACUGCUGGUGUGUGGACAGCAGGGGGCAGGAGAGGCCCGGGACCAGGACUCCCCCUGGCACACCCCCAACCCGCUGUGACCUGCCAGAGCCCACGCAGCCCCCCAGGACUGCCUGCGAGCAGCACAGACACAGCCUGCAGAGGGAGCUGAGCCCCUGGGGGCCCCGCCCUGCCGUGGGGGUCUACGUGCCGCAGUGCGAUGAGGAGGGCCACUACCAGCCGCUGCAGUGCCACGGCUCCACGGGGCACUGCUGGUGUGUGGACAGCAGGGGGCAGGAGAGGCCCGGGACCAGGACCCCCCCCGGCACCCCCCCGACCCGCUGUGACCUGCCAGCCCCGACACAGCGCCCCGAGACCGUGUGUGAGCGCUGGAGAGCCAGUCUGCUGGAUCACUACGGGGGCCAGCCCGCCGCCCACCACUUCAUCCCACAGUGUGACGACCUGGGGCUCUUCAACCCCCUGCAGUGCUACGGGGACAGCAGCUACUGCUGGUGUGUGGACCAGGACGGCAGGGAGCUGGAGGGAACCCGCUCCCAGCACGGAGUCAUCCCGGCAUGCAUCCCGACCGUGGCUCCUCCCACUCUGCGGCCGACCCCCCGCCCCGAUGUGACCCCGCCCCCCGCCGGCGCGGCGCUGCUCUACGCUCAGGGACAGCAGAUCGGCUCCCUGCCGCUGAACGGGACCCGGCUCAGCAUGGACAAGGCAGCCGUCCUGCUGGCUCUGCAUGGCUCCAUCGUGGUUGGGAUUGACUAUGACUGCAGAGAGAGGAUGGUGUACUGGACAGACGUGGCGGCUCGAACCAUCAGCAGAGCCAGCCUGGAGCCCGGGGCUGAACCAGAGAGUGUCGUCAACUCCGGCCUCCUGAGCCCUGAGGGCCUGGCCGUUGACUACCUGCGGAGGAGCAUGUUCUGGGUGGACAGCGGUCUGGACAAGAUAGAAGCAGCCAGGCUGGAUGGCACUGAGCGGCGCGUCCUGUUUGACACGGACCUGGUCAACCCCAGAGCUAUAGCGGUGGACCCUCGGGGCGGUAACCUCUACUGGACAGACUGGAACCGCGAGGGCCCCAAAAUUGAGACCUCCACGGUGGACGGAGCCAACAGGAGGGUGCUGGUCAAGGAUGACAUCGGGCUGCCCAACGCACUGACCUUCGACUCCCUCAGGAAGCAGCUCUGCUGGGCUGAUGCUGGCACCAAGAGACUGGAGUGCGCGCAGCCAGAUGGCACAGGAAGACACGUGAUACACAGCAACCUGAAUUACCCCUUCAGUCUGGUCAGCUACUCCAACCACUUCUACUACACGGACUGGAGAAGGGACGGGGUGAUGGCACUGAGCAGAGACACCAGCCAGUUCACUGACGAGUACCUCCCUGCUCAGAGAUCCCACCUGUACGGGAUCACAGUGGCCUACCCUCGCUGCGUUUCAGGGAGGAAGUAAUGGUGGAGCUAACUAGUGAAGUCUAUGCAGAUCUGUUGCUCGAGGGGGGAAGAAUGAUUUUGAGAGGACACUUCCAAAGAGGAGAACAGCAUUUGAGGGGAAGAGCCUGCAAGAUGGACAGGCUGGGGGAGGAGGAGAGGGGGAGGGGGGCUUUCCAGGAUUGGAUGGGGGUCAUUUUUUCAAACAAAAACAAAUCCUCGAAAACCUCCUGUAAUAUUCUUUUUUAAUAGUACGUUUUGUAAAUUUCUUGUUUUUUUUUUUAUACCUCAUUUUUAUUACUGUAUUUGUAUGGUUUUAAAAGAAAAAAUAAAUAAAG